AUGGCUUUGGUUCAAAAGUAUGGUAAACCAGAUCUUUUUCUCACCAUGACAUGCAAUGUUAAUUGGCCUGAAAUCCAUAAUAAGUUGUUGCCCGGACAAGCCCCAAGUGAUCGUCUUGAUUUAGUUGCUAGAGUGUUCAUGUCUAAAUUUGAAGAGUUUAAGGAUGACAUUCUCAACAAACAUGGUUUUGGUAAAGUAACAACGUAUGUUUACGUUAUUGAGAACCAAAAGAGAGGAUUACCCCAUGCGCAUAUUCUUCUUAUCCUAGAUGAGAAUGACAAGCUGAAAACUCCUGAUGAUUACGAUAGUGUUAUCAGAGCUAAGACCCCAGAUAUAGAAACAGAACCCGAACUUUAUAAUGCUGUAGUGAAUCAUAUGAUACAUGGUCCAUGUGGUUCGUGCAAUGCCAAUUGUCCUUGCAUGAAAAAUGGAGUGUGCAAAAAGAAAUUCCCCAAAAAAUUUGCAAAUGUCACCACUAUGGGUGAUGAUUCCUAUCCAGUUUAUCGAAGACGACCGCCAAGACCUUCAGACAAUGGUGAGAGAACUGCAAUUGACAACAAUUGGGUCGUACCUUACAAUCCAUGGCUCAUUCUAAAGUACAAUUGUCACAUUAAUGUUGAAAUUUGUAGCAACAUUAUCAGUGUGAAGUAUUUGUACAAGUAUGUGUACAAGGGUCCUGAUCGAGUAUCUCUUGAAGUGCGUCCAGCCUCAAAUUAUGAUGAGAUACAACAGUUUAUAGAUGCAAGAUGGGUUUGUGCUCCUAAAGCAGUAUGGAAGAUAUUCAAGUUUCCCAUGACUCGGAUGUAUCCAUCUGUGGAGUGCUUAUAG